GUCGCCGGGUUACGGCUGGGGAGAGCAGGCCUCAUUUUGUGCUUUGGGAAAAGAAGCUUGUUUGGUAUUGCUGAACCUAAGUAGUGACGACGAGAGAGGCGGCGGUCUGAAAGCUUUGCACUAUCCGCACCCAUUGUACCGGUAACAACGGGGUCUGUCAGCUACCCGCUAUGCCGCUGCCUGUUGCACUGCAGACCCGCCUGGCCAAGAGAGGCAUCCUCAAACAUCUGGAGCCUGAACCCGAGGAAGAGAUCAUUGCUGAGGACUAUGAUGAUGAUCCUGUGGACUAUGAGGCCACCCGGUUGGAGGGCCUGCCACCAAGCUGGUACAAAGUGUUUGACCCUUCCUGUGGGCUCCCUUACUACUGGAAUGUGGACACAGACCUUGUGUCCUGGCUCUCCCCCCAUGACCCCAACUCCAUUGUUACCAAAUCUGCCAAGAAGCUCAGGAACAACAGUGCAGAUGCUGAGGAAAAGUUGGACCGAAGUCAUGAGAAGUCUGACAGGGGCCAUGAGAAGUCAGACCGUGGUCAUGAGAAGCCAGACAGGGGCCACGAGAAGUCAGACCGGAAUCACGACAAGUCUGACAGAGAUCGAGAGCGUGGCUAUGACAAAGUAGACAGAGAGAGAGAGCGGGACAGGGAACGGGAUCGGGACCGUGGGUAUGACAAGGCAGACCGGGAAGAGGGCAAAGAACGUCGCCACCAUCGCCGGGAAGAACUGGCUCCGUACCCCAAGAGCAAGAAGGUAGUGAGCCGAAAGGAUGAAGAGUUAGACCCCAUGGACCCGAGCUCAUACUCAGACGCGCCCCGGGGCACAUGGUCAACAGGACUCCCCAAGCGGAAUGAGGCCAAGACAGGCGCUGACACGACAGCAGCUGGGCCCCUCUUCCAACAGCGUCCAUACCCAUCCCCAGGCGCUGUGCUCCGGGCAAACGCUGAGGCCUCUCGAACCAAACAGCAGGAUUGAACCUUUGCUCUCCGCAGCCCUGAUAGUUUUUUUUUCUUUCUUUCUUUUCUUUUCUCUCUUUCUCUUUUUUUGUGUGGUACUGGGGAUAGAACCCAGGGCUUUGCACAUGCUAAGCAAGCGCUCUUACUACUGAGCUAUACUCCUAGUCACCCCCCUUGGUGUUUCCAAUAAAAGCUUUUUUGUGGAU